UGGUUGCUUUGCAUCAUAUGCUGGCAUGGUAUUUUUCUGCAAGAACGCUUGCAGCAGGUUUUCUUUUUCGCAUUCUUUUGUUACAGUUAUACACCUCUUUCUGGCUUCCAUGGAGUUCUCUCAGGAUUUCUAGUAGGCAUUAAGCAAAUUAUACCAGAUCAGGAGUUGAGUCUAUUUUUUCUGUUGAAGAUCAAAGCAAAGUGGGUGCCAACUAUUGUCGCGUUGGUCUCAGUAGCUAUAAGUUUUUUCACAACAGAAUCUGUAUCUUAUCUUCCAACUAUACUGUUUGGCAUUUAUAUGAGUUGGAUUUACCUGCGUUACUUCCAAAAGAAACCUGAAACAGGCCUUAAAGGGGAUCCAAGUGAUGAGUUUUCUUUCUCCAGUUUUUUUCCUGAAUUUUUGCGGCCAAUUUUGGACCCCAUUGCUUCAGUAUUUGAUUGGGCCCUUUGUGGAAAAUCGGAAACUUACUCAGAAAUGAGAGGUCAUACAUUGGGUGGGACCCCAUUGCCUGGUUCAGGUCCUAUUGAGGCAUCUAGGAGAAGAGAACGGGGAGCAAGGGCACUGGAAGAAGAUUAGCAGCUGAGAAAGUAGCCGUU